CUUAUUGUUAGUUUUCCGUAAGCACAGUUCAAGAACGGAAGGCAUUGCAAUUGAAUAGCAAAAUGUUAGCAUUAGCAUUUUUGAUCAAAGUCUAUUUUAUUUAUGAACUGUUGCGUUCGUCGAAAGUCAGUUCCGCUAGAAUCACUUUUAAAUCAUGCGGUGAAGCCCCCGCACAUUCGGAAAUAUACUGGAUAAGAUUGAGUGAGACCAAUGCUCCCUUUCAGGUGUUCUGUGAGCAGGAGAAGUUUGGUGGCGGUUGGUUGGUGUUCCAGAGUCGCUAUGACGGAACGACUAGCUUCAAUCGAACCUGGAACGAAUACAAAUAUGGCUUUGGUGAUCUAAGGAAUAACUUCUGGCUGGGACUGGAUAAGCUACAUCAGCUGACUUCUGUAGCAAAUUACGACCUACUGAUAUCGAUGGCGAAUUACUUGGACUUUAUGGCUUACCAAAAAUACGAGAACUUCAGGGUGGAUGGAGAAGAUAAGCUUUACAGUUUGAAUGUGUCGGAACAAAAUACCGGAACUGCAGGCGAAUCUUUACUAGCGUAUAAUGGCGCAAACUUCAGCACCUUCGACAAGGAUAACGGCCAAAUCACAGCUAAUUGUGCCUCCGAGAUGGGUGGCGGCUUCUGGCAUCACGAUUGUCGUAUACAGACGAAGGACAGGAGCAAUGUGAAUGGUUUGCACAGUGAUCGAGGCUUAAACAAUGGUAUUUGGUGGGGAGAAUUUGGCGGAAUCAAUGAACCUUUGAAACAUGUAAGGCUUCACAUCAAACUGAAAAAUUAAACAAAAAGUAAAACAUUUUUGGAAUUGUAAAUCAAUAUAAUGAUGAUUCUAGAAAAAAACGCUUGUUCAGACACAUAAUUUGUCGCGCGUUAAUUCUAUGUAAAAUCUACUAAGCAAGCUAUGUUUUUCUGUUUAAUAGUAUCCAUAGAGAAAAUUAAAAUCAUUCGGAAAAAGCCAACCGCGUCGGUCGCUAUAGAACAUUGUAGCAAAUAAAUUAGUUCGAACAUUCUUGCGCUUUGAUCUUUGUUCAAGAACGAAGAAAGGGAAAGAUGGACGACACUGAGGAUUGGUUUUGGAUUCGACGGUGGUUCUUUGCUGGUUGCGCUCACCAUCCUAUGUCUGGCCGACGUACGUCGCGAACCGUUUCUCACAAAUCCAAGAAUGGACGAAGGGUCAUCGAUGUAAUCACGUCAAGGGGACGGAGAAUCCAGCCGAUCUCGUGUCACGAGGAGUCACACCGAAGGACUUUGUCGAUCUGCAACACUGGUUCCACGGUCCUGCUUGAUUAUCGCUGUUGGACCAACACUGGAAUAAUCCCAAACUGUAUGAAGAUCCACCGGAAGACUAAUUAGAACGAAAACGAAUCGUUUUCACCACUUUAACACAUAUGGAACCACAUCCUCUAAUCGACCGUUUCUCAUCGUACUGGAAGUUGCUUCGAGUAACAGCUCUUUGUUUACGCUUCGCGCGGAAAUGCCAGCGUCGACACAAGGCAAUUCCUGGCAUCUACCACAUCAGUGUGGCGGAGCUGCAAGUCCCAAAACUAGUUUUGGUUCGUCAGGUGCAGCAGGAAUCGUUCGCUACAGAGCUCAAAGAGCUAUCCAAUCAUCGCGUGGCCCCAGUCCGCUCACCGUUGAAACUCCUCAACCCGUUUCUCGAUCAGCAAGGCGUACUCCGUGUUGGUGGCCGGCUUGUAGCCGCGAACGAAUCGUUUCCCGUAAGGUACCCCAUCAUCAUCCCUAGCAAACAAUCGUUUUCGCGUCUUGUCGCUGUUGCAUACCAUCAGCUCUCCCUUCACGCUGGCCCACGUAUGACGCUCGCACAUGUCCGCCAGGAAUAUUGGCCCCUGAAUGGCAUGUCUCUAGCAAGCUAUACUUACCGGAAUUGCAUACGCUGUUUCCGAAGCAACCCGGUCCCUGUCACCCAACCUCCCGGGCAGCUUCCUCGUUCUCGAACCCUUCCCGCUCGACCUUUCGCUACUACUGGCGUAGAUUAUUGUGGUCCGAUCUAUCUCAAACCCGCU